AUGGCUGCACCCAUCAAUCCUGUUUGCCGCUAUAAGUUUACAAUCCUUCCCAAGUACUUUGUGGACUAUUACCAGGUCGCAGAUAAGAGCCCUAAUGGAAAAGCAACGACACAGCCGAACCUGGGGCUCCUUGAUAAACCGUUUGGAGAUGCAGCCAGUGAGGCAGAUUCCACGCCAUGGGAACGGUUCGCCACCCACGUCAACAGACUCAAUGCUGAGAGUCCAGAUGACGUUGCCUAUAAGGUCCUAUAUCUUACGAGACACGGGUUAGGGUUUCACAACGUGCAAGCAGCCAAGGUUGGGACGGCUGAGUGGGAUAGGUACUGGUCACGUCUCGACGGCGAUGGAGUAGUUACAUGGCUCGAUGCCGCGCUUGUGGACACGGGUAUCCAUCAAGCGAAAGAUCUGAGUGCAUUCUGGGCUGAUUCCACGACGACCGAGAAAGUUCCCUUCCCCGAGUCUUUCUACACCAGCCCGCUCCGUCGGUGUCUUGAAACCAGUAAGCUCGUGUUCGGCGGCUUGAUCGAGGAGAAGGGCCAGGAGUUCCGACCGCUCAUCAAAGAAGGACUGAGAGAGCGUAUGACCGACCACACGUGCGAUAAGAGGAGCCCAAAGAGAUGGAUUGAGAGCGCGUACCCUAAGUACAUCAUCGAACCAGGGUUUAGUGAAGAAGAUCAGCUGUGGAAGGCCGACCGAUUCGAGACCACUGAGGAGCAUAUUGCUAGAAAGCAGCAAGUUCUUGAUGAGAUUUUUUCAACGGAUGCGAACCAAUUUUUGUCAUUGACAAUUCACUCAUAUGCCAUCUCGGCCAUCUUGAGGGUUGGGGGCAGGAGGAGUUCAGGGUUAGGGAGGGAUCGACGAUUGCUUUGCUGGUUCGCGGAGAGAAAUCUGAUAUCCCGUCAAGCUAGUUCUCAGAAGGAGUUUUCGGCUUCAUUGCACUAA